AUGCACUUUGAAUCUCAACUUCCAACGGACUUUACAAAAACGCUUUCAACGAUACAGUUCCAGCAAUUAACUACUCGAAGCUCCGCGCGCCUUGAUUUGGUCUCGAAAUACACCAGACGUCUGAAGUUAUUUCAACUCAAGGCCCUCGUAUCUUUGCUUGCAGGAAGACAUGUGAUCCUUCAAGCUACAAUGGGCUCUGGAAAGACAUUCUGCAUGAUUUUACCAUAG